AUGAGCUCAACGUCGAGCAGAAAUUCGACUAACACCCAAGAGACAAUAUUUUUGCUUGCGCCUAGUUUCGAUCAUGGGUGCGCAAGAGACGCUAUGCCAGGCGCCAGAGGCCAAAAUCCAUGCCUCGCAGUCGACCCUUACGCCAUGACAGAGUUUGAAAGCACUUUGACGGCACAGGGUACUGAAGGGUGCCGUCGAUUCCUGGACAGUGGGAUAUCUAAAUAUGAACACCCAGAACUAUGCGUGUCAAGGGCAUUGAUUAUUGCCCUAGGACAAGGUCAUUCGUCGAUUGCUGAAAUACUCCUAGAGAGAAGUACCCCCGAAGGUGAACUGAUGGCGUAUGAAAUGUGGGGGGUUACACCACUGCACAUAGCAGUUGCAUUGGACGAUGAAGCUAUGGUGGAAUUGCUUCUUAUGUCCAAUGCCAGUCCACAAAGACAACUUCGUGACGAUUUGGUUCUGGUCAUCUUCAUGCUUGAAGCCCUUGGUGAACGCAGCGGAGUCUUUCGCCAGCUGUAUUAUCAAUAUAUGCGUCUUCCAAUUUCAACACCCCUUGGAACUGCUGUUGAAAAUGGCAAUCGGUCUCUGGUCGAUGCACUAAGAAGACGAGAUAAGAACACCUAUUUGCUUCACGCCUUGGUUUGGUGUGAGCGGGACACCUGGUUGAGGGAGCUACUGCCUGACUAUUUGGACAACGUCAAUCAGCCAGAUGAGACUGGAUCAACACCCCUGCACUUUGCUGUUAUGGUGAAGUCUGCACCUUGUAUUGACAUGUUGCUAUCUGCUCAUGCCGAUGGGACCUUAUUGAACCUAGACGGGCUCAGUCCGGCCCAUAUGGCUAUUGAAAAGCAGCUGGACAUUGGUAUAUGUGAGCGCUUGAUGGAAUCAAUAGAUGACGCGAACAUGGCUAAACUGUCUCGAAACUUUUUAACAUCUGUUCUCAACCACGCUUCACCAUCACGAGCGCUAGUUAGAGCACUCCUGAAUCGAGGUGCAUCGAUCGAUGGGAUUCCCGCCAGAGACUGGUGGAAGGCCCUCGGUCCCCCUGAAAGGGAUAAUGAUUCCCAUAUUCACAUAAGCCGAAGCAUGAACCAGACAUAUUCUAUUCAUCGAUGCUACAAUGUGAAUUUCAAUGUGCUUGAUUUGCCUGCAUACUUUUGCGACGCACACAGCGAAAUCAAUAUGCUGCUCCUUCCUAAGAGCUGUAUCGACCCUUCCUUUCGCUCUAGACUGGAUCCGUCGCAUGCGAUGGGUCCGUUGAGUUUCCGUGUUUUCAACCACGACAGAUGGGAGCGAAAGGCCAUCCUACCGCAGUUGACGCAUCUCACAAGACUGCCCCAAAAUAAAUUCUUUAUCACAUUUUCCAUCUCCAUUAAGUGUCCAGAGGGGUUGCAAGACAAGCCAUUAGCAAAUGCACAGGACAUUCCACCCGAAGGCCAAUUUAUUGGCUGGGUGUUGACAAGGGCAGAAAGCAAAGGGAGCGAGGACCGUUGGCAGGACGCUAAACCCUAUGAUUCCAGACUACGAGUUGUUACAUACUUCUCGACUCUGGAUUGCGGAUGGAUCCCCGAGUCACCCGCGGAGCUAUGCCUUAAUCUUUUGGUUGAGAUGAAUUCUGACUGGCACUUGGUUUACGAACAGUCUUUGCAGUACUUGAACCGGAUGCGCAUCAAAGUCUUGCAGCAAGAAGGCAGAAACAAGAGAAUAAUCCGGGAGCUCCUCCGUGCUAGUCUUGACUGCUCUCGCUUGGUUAGUGCACUCCAAUUGCAGGUCCAUCGCAUAACGAGCCAGGUCGAGGUAUAUCGGACCCAUGAUUAUCUACGCGAUAGCCUACACGAUGAUUCAGCCCUUGGAAACGUGUCGACAUCCACAGAGCAGCUGGAAAAGGACGUGAAAAUGAAGAUUUCGGAACUCAGUCAACUGACUCAGGAUCUUAUCACUUUGGAAUUCAGCCUAGUGUCCAUCCACGAGGCACAGCUGUCUACGAGCAUGUCCGUUAGCAUGAAGCGGCUGAGCUGGAUUACUUUUAUAUACCUUCCUCUCACGUUCGCAGCCAGUGUUUUCGGCGCCAAUAUCAACGUCCUCGCGGACAAUCCAGGAUGGUGGUGGAUGGCCAUCUUAGCGGGUGCCUUGAUGUUUAUGACCUUCUCCGGGUGGGUCCUAUUCAAAUACACCGAGCUCGAAAAUCAUCUGGAAACGGCUGGAGACGGCAUAUAUUCCACAAUUGCCAACCGGUUCGGCGGGAGGAAUAGGACCGACAGAGAGCAAGGCAUAAAGGAUGCGUUAGAAUAG